AUGGCUAUUUGUGGUGCAUUGCAAAUGAAACUGAUGACAGGUUUUGACGCUGAUUCGGAGAAGAUGUACGCAGAGGCGGGUACUAUUGCGUCCGAGGCAGUGAAUAACUUUGAUACCGUUACAUCCGUGGGUGUGCAGGAUGUCUUCAUGCGAAAAUAUAACGCAGGCUUUGAGAUUCCAAUUAGGAAUGGGCGCAAGUCAGCAAUGGUUGCCGGGAUAAUGUUCGGUAUCUCCGAGUUUCUAUCUCAAGCACUCUGGGCUGUGAGCUUUUGGAUUGGCUCGAUCUUUGUCCGCGAUGGAUUUUGCGAUUUUCCCGAGCUUAUGACGGCGAUCACGGGACUUCUCUUCGCCGGGAUGAUGCUUGGAAAUGCCAGUGGUCAAGCCAGUGAUGUGAGCAAGGCGAAAAUUGCUGCUACCAAAAUCUUCCGCCUUUUGGAUCGUGAAUCGGGCAUUGACCCAAGUAAGAAGACUGGAGAGGUGUCUUCAUUUUCCGGUCAUCUGGCGGCAGAAGGGUUGCGAUUUGAGUAUCCGUCGCGUCCGGACGUUCACGUUCUUCGAGGGGCAUCCAUUGAAGUAUCUCAGGGCCAAACGUUAGCAUUGGUUGGAGCUAGUGAAUGUGGAAAAUCUACGACUAUUGCCCUUUUGGAGCGAUUUUACGAUCCUCGCGAAGGGACUAUUCGAAUUGAUGAUACUGAAAUCCGAGAGUACAACCUGAAUCACCUGCGAUUCAACUUGGGUCUUGUUUCCCAAGAGCCUGAUCUUUUCAAUAGGAGUAUACGGGACAAUAUUGCCUACAGGCUGGACCACUCUGAUGGGACUCCGGUGACAGAUGACACGAUCAUAGCAGCUGCGAAGGCUGCCAAUGCUCACUCAUUCAUUUCAGAACUGGAAGACGGAUAUGACACUGUGGUUGGCGCACGGGGGGAAAGACUUUCAGGCGGGCAACGGCAGCGCGUGGCAAUCGCUCGAGCGCUUGUGCGAGAGCCCCGAAUCCUUCUACUGGACGAAGCAACUUCUGCACUCGAUGCGGUGUCGGAGCGAGUUGUACAAGACGCGUUGGACAAGGCAGCAGCAGAACGCACGACGGUGGCCAUCGCGCAUCGGUUGUCUACAGUGAAGAACGCCGAUGUGAUAGCGAUGGUGUCAAAGGGUCGGAUUGUGGAAAGCGGAAAACAUGAACAGCUGCUGCGCAUUCCGAAUGGAGAGUAUGCGAACCUGGUUAAGAACCAGUUGAAUGAAGCGACCGACGAAGAAUGA